AUGUCUGGCACGAUGCAAGGUGCAAUGAAUGUUGCAGACACAGCUGAUCGCAAUGCUUUUGAGGAGGAAGCCAUCGAAAUUGCCUCACAGUGGGCGCAGGAAAAGGUUGAGAAUUUCUUGAAUGACAUUGAAAGCAAUGGCAACGAUCACAAGUUGCUCAAGAUCAGCCACAUCAUCAGUCGCCGCACUUCCAUUGAUGUCUUCACUGGCGAGAGCUCAGACAUUGGCAAAUUUGCUAAGGAACUCAUCGGAAAGCUUGCUGACAGUAAGGUCAUGGAGGGCCUUGAGAAUUUGGUUGGCACAUUGUUGAACAAGCUGUUUGCAUCUGCUUCUGGUUCAGCCCAGACGGAAAAGAUAUAUGAAGUCGCCGUUGAUGAGCUCGGUGAACUCAAUCGUCUUGACGCAUUUUUCUUUUGUUAUCGUUUUGCAUCAAGUGGAAUAAGAAAAGCCGUCAUAGGGACAUGCAUCGUUCGUUCUGCUGCUAUCAUGGUCGAUGACAACGCCUACCGUAUGGUUCUCGAUAGCUCCGCCACUCUCUCCGACGCUCAGCGUGCUUCUCUGGUAGCCAAGUACCAGAACCAAGGCGAAGCUGCUGAUUCUACACUGAUUGAAGCCCGGGCCAGGCUAGCCCAGGUUAUUGGCCGGCGUGUAGCUACUUCAGAGCAGUUCCCCCAAUAG